AUGGCUCUGAGCACAGAUGAGAUUAACACGAGAACGCGAUUGAUUGAGAACGACAUCAAAGUUAUGAGGUCAGAAACAUUACGAUUGCAGCAUGAACAGAGUGUUAUGAAGGAAAAGAUUCGUGAUAACGGGGAAAAGAUCAAACAGAACAAAGUUUUGCCCUAUCUUGUUGGAAACGUUGUCGAGAUUUUGGAUGUUGACCCCGAGGUCGAGGAGGAUGGUGCCAAUCAAGACUUGGAUUCGAUGCGUAAAGGAAAAUGUGCCGUCAUUAAAACCUCUACCCGUCAAACUGUGUUCCUACCCUUGAUCGGCCUUGUCCCCCCAGAGAAACUCACGCCCGGUGACCUUGUUGGUGUCAACAAAGAUUCCUACCUGGUUCUUGAUACACUUCCCGCCGAAUUCGAUUCACGCGUCAAAGCGAUGGAGGUUGAUGAACGGCCAACGGAGACUUAUACGGAUAUUGGUGGCCUGGAGAAGCAGAUUGAGGAAUUAGUGGAAGCUAUCGUUCUUCCUAUGGAGCAGGCUGACAAGUUCAAGACGCUCGGCAUAAAACCACCCAAGGGUUGUUUGAUGUAUGGGCCACCUGGGACGGGCAAAACACUUCUCGCCCGUGCUUGCGCCGCCUCAACAAAAGCUUGUUAUCUGAAACUCGCCGGACCUUCUCUGGUCCAAAUGUUCAUCGGUGAUGGUGCCAAGCUUGUUCGCGACGCAUUCGCGUUGGCCAAAGAAAAGGCCCCUGCUAUCAUCUUCAUCGAUGAACUCGACGCCAUUGGUACGAAACGUUUCGACUCGGAGAAGAGUGGUGACCGUGAGGUGCAAAGAACGAUGUUGGAGCUCCUGAACCAGCUGGACGGAUUUGGGAGUGAUGACCGGAUCAAGGUUAUUGCAGCGACAAACAGGAUAGACAUAUUGGAUCCUGCUCUUCUACGGUCUGGACGUCUCGAUCGAAAAAUUGAGUUCCCGCUACCAAAUGAGACAGCACGGGCUCGUAUUCUUCAAAUCCAUUCACGCAAGAUGGCGAUAUCACCAGACGUCAACUACGAAGAAUUAGCGAGGAGCACGGAUGAAUUCAAUGCGGCGCAGCUCAAGGCUGUCUGUGUGGAAGCUGGAAUGAUUGCUCUGAGAGAAGGUGCCACGAAACUGAGCCACGAGCAUUUCCUGAGUGGCAUAUCAGAGGUGCAAAGCAAGAAGAAGAAUGACCUGAUGUACUUUGCGUAA